AUGACUGCGCCCGGCCACAACCGUUAUGCAAUGUUCGCUAGCACAGAUGGUAGUGCAACUCAAGUGCCUAGUGCUGCUGCGGAUCCUGCUCAGAAUCCGUUCCUCAACCAGGUCGCCGAUGACUCCAUACCAUGGCAAGAGGUGAAGAAGCGUGGCCCUUCAGCAAUGCAACCGGCACCACCAGUUCGCCCUCCGCGAGUUGUGAAGGACCGCACUAGAGCUAUUCUCAACCACCCACUGGCUCACCGAGAGCGAGACAGGGCCAUAUCAGGCUCAACAGACAAUGACAGCGAGAAGGCAUACGAUCCGCACGAGAAUUGGUGUGGUGUCUGCUCGCGAAAGUUCCUCAACAAGGCCGCAUUGCUCAGUCAUAUCAAGCAGAACAAUGGUCACGAAAACUACUGCAAUCUUUGCAAACGCGUGUUUGUGGACCGCAAUGGUCUCAAGAACCAUGUUGACCAUGCGUGGAAUCACGAGAUUCACUGCAACCUCUGUCUUUCCGCCUUCAAAGACGAUUGGGGUCUCAAAAACCACUUCGAGAACAACUACAGUGUUGGACAUGAGUUCGUGUGUCUCACCUGUCUACUUGGUUUCAGAACCCGCCAAGAGAUGGAGCGCCACCUUCAGACCGCUCCGAAGCAUACAUGGUGCGGAACAUGCCAGCGCCGCUUCCGCAACCAGGAUGAGCGCGAUGAGCAUUGGCAACAGACGAACAGCUGUGACUUCGAUGGCCCGGAUCAGGCCGCUCUCACACAGCACCUCAAACGCGAUCACUUCCAGUGCGAAGGCUGCAAGCGCGUACUUCCGAGCCUGACCAAACUCAAUCAACACUACGAGAGCUGUUCUUUCGCACUAGCCUGCCCUCAAUGUGGCGAGCACCAUGCUGGGAAGGCCCAACUGGCUCUUCAUCUCGAGCGCUGCUUUCUCUGCAAUGAUUGUGGCUAUCAUACGCACCACGAGGGCAACUACCACAUCCACAUGACAAAACACAGCUCCACCAGUAUCGGUUGUUGGGGCUGCGACGCACCGAUGCGCACCUACUCCAGUCUCAUCAACCAUCUGGAGUCAGGCAAGUGCCCGAAAUUUUCUGAACCGGCGCUUCUCAUGCGCUGUCUUGGCAAGUGGUGGUACUCACCACUUUAUAUGGAUCUCGACAUGCACGCAUCUAUUCGGACUGGCCGCGUUGACAUCGACGAGGUACAGCAUUGGUCAAUUGCUGGUAUCAUACACCCGUUCGUGUGCCGUGAAGAAGGCUGUGGGAAGGUCUUUGGUCAUCUAAGCUCGUUGGUGUUGCAUUGUGAGAGCCAGGCAUGUGGCUGGGGUGUUGACCGCUUGAACAUGCCUGGGCUAGAGAAGGAAUUCAAGCUGGUGUGUCUUCGGAGGGACAGCGCUAUUGCGUAG